UGUAUUUCUCUAUUGAGGCUGCUAAAUAUGGACUGGCUUUUGCUUGGUAUAGGUCAAGAGUCUGGAUCUAUUGCCAGGACAAUCUGCUUCCAAAAAUACAAGAAAUAAUGUUACAUGCAUGGUCUACCUAUUCGAAGCCAGUGCCUUCAAGCUGCGGCGAGCUCCUGGCUUUAUUUCUGCAGUGUUGCUGCAUUGCCGGACUGACAGGUGGCCUCUUCUACAACUGGAUGUUCUCCUCACUAGAAUAUCCAUAUCACCUCUCCUCUGCAAUUGCCGUUUCCUUCAGUGUGCUGUUUCUGCUGGCUCUCUUCUUGGUGCACCCUCUUCGCUGCAUGUUCACCAUGAUCGUACCUACACUGGGCACGAAGCAAGGCCAACGGCUGCUCUUGUCCACCUGCUUUAUGAUCGUGGCAGUUAACGUUAUACCCAACAUCCUAGACAACAUUAAGAGCCUACUGCAGGUUAUUAAGUGCGUUUGCGAGAAUUCCUCCAACAGCCUUUUGAACUCAACCGCUCUGCUGGGAACUGCUUCCAGGCAGUUUGGGCACCAUAUCAAAAAGGUCGUCGACAACAUGGCAAGUAACUCCCUGACGCCUAAGAAUGGACAUUUUCAGUUCUCUAUGAAUAAUAGUAACUCCUUGGUGAGGGAGCAAGUACUCAUUGCUAGUGAGAAGAUCAAGGAAGAGUUCUCUGCUGUGGAACUGUUGGUCAGACAGGCUGUGCUGGUAGCCAACAGGGUGGCUGCUGGCUUCUUUCUGCUCUGUCUCCUGUGGGAGUCCGGGUGGUACUUGAAGCGCUAUCUCACAGACCUCCGCUUUGACAACAUUUACAUCACCAAAAAGCUGGAGCGCUUAGCUGCGGACAAUAACACAGCCCCUUUGCUGACAUGCUCACCCAAAAUACGGAUCCACUCUGCCGGCUUGAAGCUGUCCCGGGAGGAAAUGAUGGGGUGCCUGAUGCGCAUGGUGCUCCUCUCUUUGACUCUGAUGCUGACAGUUGCGAUCCUAGCAAUGGAUUACAUCACCUUCCACUUGGCAGACACGGCUGUGAAAGAGGUGGCUCUGUUCCCCAUGGUGCCCAUCAUGAUUAGCAUUAAACACGAUGCCAAACUAAACAUUCUGCCCUUUUUCUCGAAACUUUUCAAUGGAGCCUUUUCUGGAGAACACUCUUUUGCAAACUUUGAAAGAACUUACGAGCAGAAUCUGACCUUCGUCUCUGCCGAUUGCACCAUGAAACUGCCAACCCCUCCAAACAACUUUGUGACUCUUGCUGUCGGACUGCUCUAUUGCAUCAUCUAUGCCCUGACAUUUCUGGAAGCCUACGCACAACGUUUGUGCCGAAAAAUCUCCAACUCCUUCUUCCAGGGGCGAGAAGAGCAGAGAGUUCAGCACCUCUAUAGGGAGCUAUUAAGGAAACACAACAGGAAGAUGUAGAAACUGCAGCACAAGCUGUAAAUAAUCAUGCAUGCUGGCAUGGUAUUGCAACACUAACAGAUGCUGCUUGUCUGAGGGCAAACUUGAACUUGGAACCUCUGGAAUGUAAUGCGUGAGCUGCUAUUCUUGUGAGCAGAAAGAAAGAGGGCUGGUAGCUAAGGCUGCAGAGUAGAUGUGUUAUUCUCUCUGUAAGUGGUCUCAGUGCACGACACCCAGCAGGUGUAUGGGUUGCAGUAUGACAAAAGAUGACAGGGAUGCUUAAGGAACUAUGCCACAACUAUCCUUUUUGGAUAGUUCAUGCUGGGUUUUGUCUUCAGCAUCAGGGGAAAUAUGUGCACAAAGCCACAGAUAUCUCAAAAACAAAGGGUUUUGUAUUUUGCUUUAGUGUUGCAAAAAUGUCUGGGCUUUAUGCUUUUUGCUCAGCUAUGCCCAAAAUGGUCCCAUUAUUAGCAAACCCUUCAAUAUGUUCAAGAUUUCCAAUGUUCUUCUGAUGUAGAGCAAAUUUGGCCUCAAAACAUGCAAAAAAUGUAAACAACUUUGCAUAUUUUCAUGUAAAAACCAUAAAGUCACAAAAUUGUCAAGAAAUGCAUGAGUUGACUCCAACGUAACUUGUCCUGGAAUUAAAUUUUGCCGAAAAGAUAAGGCUCUUUUUUCCCAGCCCUAGCCAGAAUGUGUUUGUAUAGCGCUAUAUGUGUCACUUGUGCUAUUAAAUGUUAUACAUUUUGAGUGAGAGAAAUUGCUUAAAACCUUGUUGAUCCCCGUGGAGAAAUAUGUAACUGCCUGUCCAAUGACUGUCAUGCAUGGAAUGGCCUGGAUAUUGCCUGGUACAGUCUAUUUGUCACUCUGCGUGAUAUAACCCAUGGCCAUUCAGUGUCUCCUUCUGGGCCAUAUAGGGAGGUUAAUGAGCCUUUUACAGCCCCAGUUAACUCAUGUCGCUCAGGCAA